AUGCACAUCCUAAUAGACACUCAGCCCAGUGAUUCGAAAACGAUGUCAGCGAGAGCCAGUGUAGUUCUUUUCCUAGUUCUGGACUUUCCAGAUGUCGACUCACAACAACUGCUUUCAGAGAGGAUUUGCAGACCAAAUAGGAGAUUUUCAGUAUUGAGCAACCAAUGUAAAAGGCCCAUCAAGAUGCGUGUGUUGGGCGCAGUAGCGCUGGGCGUCGCCCUGCUAUCAACGACUAUAGCGGCUGCUAGUGUGAAAGAGCUGGGGGCAUUGUUGCCCACAUGUGCGGUGAAAUGCAUGGCUGUCACUAUACCGAAGACGUCCUGUACCCUCGCAGACCAGACAUGCCAGUGUACGGAUGAAACCUACACCGCUCUUUUGCAGGAAUGUGUGGUGUCUAGCUUCACUGAUUCGAUAGCUACGAAAAAUGUCACAUCCACUGCGUGCGGAGCUCCGGUACGAGAUAGAACCAAGGCUGUUUCAUAUGCAGGAGUCAUCGGUCUCGUCAUAGCAUGUAUCGCAUUUAUUCUCCGGAUAGUCGCGAGGUUUAAGUGCCUCGGUGGUACGUUCGGGAUGGACGAUUUGACGAUGGGACUGACCAUGUGUCUGGUGAUACCUCUUUCAGCACUAUCAGUUGUUUUGGCCGACACGGGCUUAGGCAAAGACAUGUGGACUCUUCCUGUCCGUGGUAAAGCUGACAUUCUUGAACACUACAAGAUUUACUUCUGGGAUGAGUUGUUGUAUCUCAGUAUCCUGCCAAUGACCAAGAUCUCGAUAUGUUGUUUCUACCUUCGUAUCUUCCCCGCCAGAAACUUCCGAAGUUUGACUUAUAUUGUCAUCGGUCUCAACAUUGCAUAUUUACUUGCCUUUGUCUUGGUUUCAAUUUUCCAGUGUCGACCAAUCCAAGGAGCAUGGCUUCACUGGGACGGAGAGGGUAAUUACAAGUGCAACCAUAUUAACGCGCAGGGGUGGGCAUCGGCAAUCAUCAACAUGCUCCUUGACCUCAUUGUCAUGAUUCUCCCGCUGAAACAGCUUUACGAGCUCCAGCUUUCCAUCAAGAAGAAGGCUUUUGUCAUGUGCAUGUUUAGCUUGGGUAUCUUUGUUACUGUCGUGAGUAUUCUGCGCCUGGAUUCGCUUAUCAACUUUGCUUCCACCGACAAUGUGACGUGGGACUACGUCACAGUUGGAUACUGGAGUACGAUUGAAUGCCAUGUGGGCGUCAUCUGUGCCUGUUUACCCGCCAUUCGAUCCUUGCUGCGCACAACGGCACCGAAGCUGUUUGGCGAUACCAGCCUCAAUAAAUCCUCCGGAAUGAACUCGACAUCACGGGGGACAGGAUCUCGAUUGGAGGGGGCGUUCCAUGUCAGGAGCAAGCAUGAUGACCAAGAUUUUCUACCGCUUGUAGACAUGGACCACUCCAGUCUGAUUGAGCUGCACCCGAACCCGAAGGGCGACCGACGAGUUCUCUCUAUGAACUCUUGCAAUCUUUAUCCAGUUUCUUUUGUUCAGGAUUCAUAUUUCCCAAAUGGAGUCAACAGAAUCUUCAUUUCAGUGAGUUAUGUCGUGGUAAUGCAAGGGUUUGAACUCCAGUCUACUAUGCAAGGAGGGCUUGGAAGCUACUCUGGCGAAUUCGACUGUGCUAGUACAGAUGAUAUUAGAAAGAGCUUGCCCAUACUUAGGUGUCAGAAGAAGAAAAGCCAUCCCACUGGCUUGGAUCAUACGCCUCUGUCUCCAGACAUACAUACCCACACGGCAGGUAGAGAGUGCAAAACGUGCUUACGUUCUAUUUUCUCCGCUCAAACCGCUAAGCUUUCCCAUUUAGACUUGAAGACUAGUUAG